AUGGGGAAGACGUCGAUGAGUGUAUUUGUCACAAUGCAAAGGAAGAGAUGGGCUCUGAUGAUUUUGUUGGUUUUAUCAGUAUCAACCGUUGGUGUGAUUCUCGUGAGAUCUAGCUUUGAAUCCUGCACCGUCGGUGGUAAAAUCAGCGGCCAUCAAUUCGCGGAGGAGAAGUUUCGGUCAAUUCCAGAACGGCCGAAUCCUCUAGGUUUCAUGAAAUCGAAGCUCGUUUUGUUAGUCUCUCACGAGCUAUCGCUCUCAGGUGGACCUUUGCUGCUAAUGGAAUUAGCGUUUUUGUUAAGAGGAGUUGGUGCUCAAGUUGUUUGGAUCACUAACCAGAAACCACCCGAAGAAGAUGAAGUUAUCUACAGUCUCGAACACAAGAUGUUGGAUCGAGGAGUGCAGGUCAUAUCUGCAAAGGGUCAGAAAGCCAUAGACACAGCUCUCAAGGCUGAUUUGAUCGUUCUGAAUACUGCCGUGGCUGGGAAAUGGCUGGAUGCGGUUCUCAAGGAAGAUGUUCGCAAAGUUCUUCCCAAGAUCCUCUGGUGGAUUCACGAGAUGAGAGGCCACUAUUUCAAACCAGAUUUGGUCAAACACCUCCCCUUUGUUGCAGGGGCGAUGAUUGAUUCCCACGCAACAGCUGAGUACUGGAAGGAUAGAACUCAAGCUCGCCUAGGGAUUAAAAUGCCUAAAACUUACGUUGUGCAUCUAGGAAAUAGCAAGGAGUUGAUGGAAGUAGCUGAAGAUGGUGUUGCCAAGAGAGUUCUCCGUGAGCACGUCCGUGAAUCUCUCGGAGAGCAAGAAGAGUUCACGCUUCACGAAAGAGUUUACUUAGUUUGUUAUUACUUUUCAGGUGUAUCGCGCGGGAAAGGCCAGGACUUGUUCCUCCGAGCUUUCCACGAAAGUCUUGAAAUAAUCAAAGAGAAGAAACUUGAGGUACCAAGAAUGCUUGCGGUAGUAGUAGGAAGCGACAUGAGCCGACAGACGAAGUUCGAGACAGAACUGCGCAACUUUGUGCAAGAGAAGAAGCUUCAGAGCUAUGUUCAUUUUGUCAACAAAACGCUAACCGUAGCUCCGUACAUAGCAGCGAUAGACGUUUUAGUUCAGAACUCCCAAGCCAGAGGAGAGUGCUUUGGGAGAAUCACAAUCGAAGCCAUGGCCUUUAAGCUACCUGUACUUGGUACUGCAGCGGGAGGUACAAUGGAGAUUGUGGUGAACGGGACGACUGGAUUGUUACACAGUGCGGGUAAAGAAGGUGUGAUACCUCUCGCUAAGAACAUAGUAAAACUGGCGAUGCAAGUUGAGUUAAGGCUAACAAUGGGGAAAAAUGGGUAUGAGAGAGUAAAGGAAAUGUUUUUGGAACAUCAUAUGUCCCAUCGAAUAGCUUCGGUGCUCAAAGAAGUGUUGCAACACGCAAAGGCUUUACGAUGA